AUGAAGGAAAUGCCGAAUCUCUUUAGAUUCGGUGACGUAAAGACCGAAUCCCACGUGAUCCGCCGAAAGCGCAUCGAGCCCGGGAUUCGGCUUCAUGGGAUAACGGCGGACCAAAUUAAGCUUCGGAUGUUUCCUUUUUCCUUGAGGGACAAGGCUAGCAUUUGGUUGCACUCUCUACCUAAUGAGUCCAUUCACAAUUGGAGGGAGUUGGCUCAAGCCUUCCUUAACAAAUAUUUCCCUCAUGGCAAGACUACAAAGUUGACUAAAGACAUACUUGAGUUUGUCCAAUUUGAAGGAGAGUCACUUCAUGAGGCAUGGGAGCGGUUCAAGGAUUUACAACGAAGUGUACCCCAUCAUCGGCUCAAUAGAGAGCAUGUUAUACAAAUCUUCUAUGAUGGGACAAAUGUCACUACCCGAGCUACUAUCGAUGCGGCUUCGGGGGGUUCACUUAUGCAAAAGACCUAUGAGGAAGCCCUUGAAUUGGUGGAGAAAUUGGCCGUGGUUAGUAGUACUUGGGGUCCUAUGGAAAGAAGAGCGCCACCUACUCAAAAGUCACUCAUGACUCUUGAUCAAGUGAGGGAGAUGGAGUCCAUAAAAGCCGCAAAUGCUUCGCUUCAAGCUCAAGUGGAUGCUCUAAAGAAACAAGUCGCUCCUAUGCAAAGAAACGCUCCGGUGGCUUAUGUUCAAGUAGGUUGGCAAGGCAAUGCUCAAGGGCCUAAUCAAGCGGGUCCAAGCUUCCAAGGUGGAAAUAGACCUCCCCAACAACAAGGGAAUUACCAUCACAAUCAAGGUCAUGGCAACAAUGCGGGUGCUAGACCUCAACAUCCUCCCGGGUUUCAACCUCAAAGAAACAUGGAUGAAGGGAAUAUGCUUGCUAAGUUGAUGGAUGAGCUUAGAGAGAUGAAGCAACUUCAAAAGAAUCAAGCCGCCACUAAUCAAAUGCUUGAGACUCAAAUCUCUCAACUUGCCAUCAAUCUUCAAGCCAACGGAAAGAGGCAAGUUGUCGAGGAGGAUGAGCCUCAAGUGGUAAUUGACAUAGCAAGUUCAAGUCAAGAGUUGCCAAAGGAAUGUGAGGAAGUGGUUGUCGAGGUUGAAGAGACCUAUGUGAGGCCACCACCGCCGCCACCGUUUGAGGAGGAUUGCAUGAGGAUAGACUUGAUUGAUGAGAUUGUACAAGAACAACUUCAAGAAAAUGUGCAAGUGUUGAAUCAAGCAAAGGGGGAAAUUUCUGAAAAUUUUGAGUUGGCAAGCUUCUCAAAGGAAAAAAUCUCUGCUUCCUUUAACACUAAGGGCUCGAUCGAGCCCUCCCUUUUAAUGAAAGGCUCGAUCGAGCCCCAUGAGUUAAAGGGGGCAGAAAUUUUUUCUCAACACAUUUCUCAAGUCUCGUUUCAUUCCGAGUCGGGGGAUGAUGACUAUACUAGAGAGGAUGAACCGAAGCCGGAAAGUUUAAACAAGAGCAAUGGUGUGACUCCACCAUCUUCGGAGUUGCCCCCGAAGGUUGAAAUGAAGCCGCUUCCGCCACACCUCCGGUAUACUUUUGUUGGGGAAAAUGAGACCUUGCCGAUAAUCAUCUCAAACAAGCUCUCUAAGGAUCAAGAAAGGAAGGCAUACCGGCGAAUGCCUUUCGGACUAUGCAACGCACCCGCCACAUUUCAAAGGUGUAUGACCUCAAUCUUCAACGAUAUGAUUGAAGACAUUAUGGAGGUGUUCAUGGAUGACUUCUCCGUGUUUGGCGAUUCGUUCGAUGGUUGCUUAUCGAACUUAAGGCGGGUUUUAGCAAGAUGUGUGGAGACAAACUUGGUACUAAAUUGGGAAAAAUGCCAUUUUAUGGUGGAAGAAGGCAUUGUACUGGGUUUCUACCGGCGAUUCAUUAAGGAUUUUUCAUCUAUCGCACGACCUUUGACAAGUUUGCUAGUAAAAGAUGCGUCGUUUGACUUCACAAGGGAUUGCCAAGAUGCUUUUGAGAAGCUAAAGUCGGCACUUGUGACCGCUCCCAUUAUUUCAUCUCCGGAUUGGAGUUUGCCUUUUGAGCUAAUGUGUGAUGCUAGUGACCAAGCAUUGGGUUGCGUGUUGGGGCAAAGAAAGGACAAGCGGGUGCAUGUGAUCUAUUACGCUAGUAGAACUAUGGCGGGAGCACAACUCAACUAUACUACUACCGAAAAGGAGAUGUUGGCGGUUGUCUUUGCUCUCGAUAAGUUUAGACAAUACUUGCUUGGGUCGAAAUGCAUCAUAUACACCGAUCAUGCCGCUUUACGGUAUCUAUUCACUAAGCAAGACGCAAAGCCUAGGCUUAUUCGGUGGAUUCUUCUCAUGCAAGAGUUCGAUGUAGAAAUCCGAGAUAAGAAGGGUACGGAGAAUGUGGUGGCGGAUCACCUUUCGAGAUUCGAGAAUCCGGAACCAAUUCCUAUUGGUGUGGAGAUUAAUGAGCGGUUUCCGGACGAAACGCUUAUGAUGAUUCGGGAAGUGGAGACACCAUGGUAUGCCGAUUUUGCAAACUACCUCUCCUCGGAAGUCAUGCCUCCGGAUUUGACAUCUCACAAAAAGAAGAAGUUCUUAUCCGAUAUAUUUGAUGUAUGGGGUAUAGACUUCAUGGGGCCAUUUCCGGUUUCAUUCAAAAACCAAUACAUUUUGGUAUGUGUGGAUUAUGUUUCGAAAUGGGUAGAAGCGGAGGCUUUGCCCACUAAUGAUGCUAAAGUGGUGUUGAGUUUUCUUAAGCGGCUAGUGAAUCGGUUUGGGACUCCUAGAGUGGUUAUUAGUGACGGAGGUUCGCAUUUUUGCAAUCGGCAAUUUCAAGCUCUUAUGAGGAAGUAUAAUGUGCAUCACCGGGUCGCCACACCUUAUCACCCCCAAACGAGUGGCCAAGUUGAGGUUUCGAACCGUGAGUUGAAAAGAAUUUUGGAGAAAACGGUAAAUGGAUCCCGAAAAGAUUGGUCCUUGAAGUUGGAUGACGCAUUGUGGGCAUACCGGACGGCCUACAAGACUCCACUCGGUAUGUCACCAUUCCGCAUUGUUUAUGGGAAGGCGUGUCAUCUUCCUCUAGAGCUUGAACAUAGAGCGUAUUGGGCUAUUAAGAAGUUAAACUUUGACUUCAAGAAGGCGGGGGAAAAGAGAUUGCUUCAAUUGAAUGAGUUGGAUGAAUUCCGAUUCAUGGCAUAUGAAAAUGCCAAGCUUUACAAAGAAAAAACGAAGCAAUGGCAUGACGCCCAUAUUGCCCCCAAGGUGCUAAAGGUUGGUUCAUUUGUCCUUCUCUAUAACUCUCGUUUGCGGUUGUUUCCGGGAAAGCUUAAGUCCCGUUGGAGUGGCCCAUUUAAAAUCCGAAACGUGGCAAAUCACGGUGCGGUAGAAUUGGAGAAUUCUAAGGGUGAAACCUUCAAGGUCAACGGACAAAGAUGCAAGCCAUAUCUUGGGCCAUUGAUCAAUCGGGUGGAAGAUGAAGUUUCUUUCAGCACUCCUACUUGA